GUUUUCCGACAGCCAGUAAAGGCAGCGCCGGGGCUCCACGGGAGCAGAGGACGAGUCUCGCAGUGUGGACAUGUCGGAUCCGGCUCAGGCCUUACAGCCCCGGCUUCUCCAAGCCCAUUCCGCGGGCUCCGCUGGCUCCAGCACCGCCGCCACAGGCUCCGGGCCCGGGAACAGUGACCCGGCAAGACCGGGACUGAGCCAGCAGCAGCGUGCCAGCCAGAAGAAAGCCCAAGUCCGAGCUUUCCCACGGGCGAAAAAGCUUGAGAAACUUGGCGUAUUCUCCGCAUGCAAGGCGAGUGACACAUGCAAGUGCAAUGGAUGGAAAAACCCCAAUCCCCCAUCGGCCACACGUUUGGACCUGCAGCAGCAAGCAGCCAGCCUGAGCGAGCCGUGCCGCAGCUGUGGACAUGCCCUGGCCGAUCAUGUGUCCCACCUGGAGAAUGUCUCUGAGGAUGAGAUUAACAGGCUGUUGGGGAUGGUGGUGGACGUGGAGAACCUUUUCAUGUCUGUGCACAAAGAGGAGGACACUGAUACCAAGCAGGUCUACUUUUACCUGUUUAAGCUGCUAAGGAAAUGCAUCCUGCAGAUGAGCCAGCCAGUCGUAGAGGGGUCCCUCGGAAGUCCGCCUUUCGAAAAGCCCAACAUUGAGCAGGGGGUUCUGAAUUUCGUUCAGUAUAAAUUCAGCCACCUGGCACCGAAGGAAAGGCAGACCAUGUUUGAGCUGUCAAAGAUGUUCCUCUUGUGCCUCAAUUACUGGAAGCUGGAGACGCCGACCCAGUAUCGCCAGCGCACACAGAAAGACGAUGGGACAGCGUACAAAGUAGACUACACCAGGUGGCUGUGCUACUGCCAUGUCCCCCAGAGUAACGACAGCCUGCCGCGCUAUGAAACCACUCAGGUGUUCGGCCGCAGUUUGCUCAAGUCCAUCUUCACCGUGACCCGACGCCAGCUCCUGGAGAAGUUCCGAGUGGAGAAGGAUAAACUGCUGCCAGAGAAACGCACACUCAUCCUCACACACUUCCCCAAGUUUCUGUCCAUGCUGGAGGAGGAGAUAUAUGGUGAGAAUUCACCCAUCUGGGAAGCUGACUUCACCAUGCCUGCCUCCGAUGGCACACAGCUGGGGCAUCAAACAGUGAUCAGUCCUGCUGCGGUGUCUGGCUCCCCUGCUCUUUCUAAAGGCCUGAGCAGCAUCUCCUCUCUGGGCAGCAUCGACACUGGAUGUUCGGAGCCCAUCACAGGCGAGAAACGUAAACUUCCGGAGGCCUUGACCCUGGAGGAUGCUAAGCGAAUACGUGUGAUGGGAGACAUUCCUAUGGAGCUGGUCAAUGAAGUUAUGAUGACAAUCACUGACCCUGCUGCUAUGCUCGGACCAGAGACUAAUCUGCUUACGCCAAACGCUGCUCGUGAUGAGACUGCCCGGCUGGAGGAACGGCGGGGCAUUAUAGAGUUCCACGUCAUUGGAAACUCGCUUUCCCAGAAGUCCAACAAGAAGAUCCUGAUGUGGCUGGUCGGCCUGCAAAACGUCUUCUCUCAUCAGUUACCUCGCAUGCCCAAAGAGUACAUCACACGGCUGGUGUUUGACCCGAAGCACAAGACCUUAGCCCUUAUCAAAGAUGGCCGCGUCAUCGGAGGCAUCUGUUUUAGGAUGUUUCCCACUCAGGGCUUCACAGAGAUCGUCUUCUGUGCUGUCACAUCCAAUGAACAAGUGAAGGGCUAUGGUACCCACCUGAUGAACCACCUGAAGGAGUACCACAUCAAACACAACAUUCUCUAUUUCCUCACUUACGCUGACGAGUACGCCAUUGGCUACUUCAAAAAGCAGGGCUUUUCCAAAGACAUCAAAGUGCCGAAGAGUCGAUACCUGGGAUACAUCAAAGACUACGAAGGAGCGACGCUCAUGGAGUGUGAGCUGAACCCGAGAAUCCCCUACACUGAGCUCUCGCACAUCAUCAAAAGACAGAAAGAGAUUAUUAAGAAGCUGAUUGAGAGAAAGCAGAGCCAGAUUAGAAAAGUUUACCCAGGACUGACCUGCUUCAAAGAGGGAGUCCGACAGAUCCCAGUGGAGAGCAUUCCAGGCAUAAGAGAGACAGGCUGGAAACCCAGUAACAAGGACAAAGGGAAAGAGGUGAAGGACCCUGACGUGUUGUACAACAUGCUGAAGAACCUCCUGGCCCAGAUAAAGACCCACCCUGAUGCCUGGCCUUUCAUGGAACCAGUGAAGAAAUCUGAGGCUCCAGAUUACUAUGAAAUCAUCCGCUUUCCCAUCGACCUGAAAACUAUGACGGAGCGAUUGAAGAACAGGUACUAUGUGACCAAGAAGCUUUUCAUUGCCGACCUGCAGCGAAUCAUCACCAACUGCCGUGAGUACAACCCCCCGGACAGUGAAUACUGCAAGUGUGCCAACACCUUGGAGAAGUUCUUCUACUUCAAAUUAAAAGACGGAGGCCUGAUCGAGAAAUGAUCUCAGCUGCAGAAUAAUCAACAGAGGACGAGCGACCGACACAGCUGCCACACACCAAGACGAAGCAGAUCACGAGGAAACUAUCGCUAGCUAUUGUCAUAUCUGAGUUAUUUAAAGGGUAUGUACACGACUGACACAUUUCACAAGGGAAUAUUUGGACUCUGACAAACAUGAACAUGAUGGUUGUUUGGAAAUAUCAGAGCCAGUUGAGCACAGUGUCUAAAUGGCAUUAACUUUUCUCCAUAAAGUUAUCUUGUCAUUUUUUUCUCUUCCAGUACUCACAGGGGGUUAACAAUCCUAAUACACGUUUCAUUAAGUGUACCAAAGUUAUAGGUCCAAGUUAAAAUCCUAACAAUGCCACUCUUUCUACUGUUAUUUAUUGUGUGAAUCCGCUCAUUAUGUUGCGUUUAAUAACAUUUGUUCAUUCCAGUUUGCUCAAAACUCGAAUGUAGUGUUGAGUUCUUUGACAGAAAACUGGACCUCGGGACCUAAAGCCACGUUGCCUUCCGUUACUGACAGACACUUGAACAUCCCGGUCAUUUUCAUGGGUAUAAAGAUAAACGUUUUCUCAGAGGUGAAGUCCUAAAAACACUGAAUUAUGAAAAAAAAUGGGUGGUAUUCUGACUGUUGAAAAGUGCAGGAAUUGUUGGAUCAGUAGUUUGCGAAUAAUCACAAUAGGUGAGGUUGUUAAUUAACCUUCCUCUUGUGUUAGGGUCGGCACCGACCCAUUUUAGUUUUUCACCCUUGGAUGCAUGAACGACCAAUACCUACACUCUUCUGGGGUCAAAAAUGACCCCAAUUAGAAUCAAUGUGUUUUUGCAAUGAAUUAAAAAAA